AGUUCUCUAAGGUCUGCUCCCCUCAAACCCACUCAUCCUGUAGAGCCAGGUCCUGUUCUGGAAGACACGGAGCUGCUCUGAGUAAAAUUGGCUAAAGGGCCUACUGGUAAAGAUAUCAUACCCGGCUACCAAGCUGUGUUUUAUUUGGUUAUUUGGUGCUGGGGAUGGAAUGCUCUAUAUGCUAAGCACUUGCCCUACCACUGAGUGUCCUUUUAAUUUUUGAGAUGGAGCAGAGGCUAGCCUCAAAAUCUGUAUGUAGCCAAGGAGCACCUUGAAUUCCUGAACCCUCUUCCUGGAGUCCUGGGGUCACAGGUUUUCACUGCUGAAGAAGUUGCAGCAGCACCAAGGGCUUCCAGCCUAGGUCAGUCAUUUGCCCUUGAGGUCACAGACCACGCGCCUAUGUCUUGCCUCUGCUUGCCUGGGGACAGACUCUCUAUAGCCACCAGGCUAACACCCUGGAGGUGAAAGCCAUGCUCUGACCUUGGUGUUCCCUAGGAUGCCUCAGACUAGUUUCUCUUCCCACCUGGACACGAUGUUUGCCAAUUCUUCAGCCAACACCUCUUCUACCGACAGCUCUAUGCCCCAAUGCCGUGACUAUCGAAGUACACAUCAUUUGCAUAUGGUGGUCUACAGCCUGGUGUUGGUGACCGGUCUCCCACUCAACGCUCUGGCCCUCUGGGUCUUCCUGCGUGUACUGCGCGUACACUCGGUGGUGAGCGUGUACAUGUGCAACCUGGCAGCCAGCGACUUGCUCUUCACCCUGUCACUUCCCCUGCGCCUCUCCUACUACGCAAGGCACCACUGGCCCUUUCCAGGCUUCCUGUGCCAGACGUCGGGCGCCAUCUUCCAGAUCAACAUGUACGGCAGCUGUAUCUUUCUGAUGCUCAUCAACGUGGACCGCUAUGCGGCCAUCGUGCACCCGCUGAGACUGCGCCACCUACGGCGGCCCCUCGUGGCACGGCGCCUCUGCCUGGGCGUGUGGGCUCUCAUCCUGCUGUUCGCCGUGCCCACCGCCCGCGUGCACAGACCAUCCAACUGCAAGUACGAGAACGAGACCCUGAGCCUGUGCUUCGAGAGCUUCAGCGAUGACCUGUGGAGGGGCUGGCUGCUGCCACUCCUAUUGCUAGCUGAGACACUGGGCUUUCUGCUGCCCCUGGCGGCUGUCGUCUAUUCGUCGGGCAGGGUCUUCUGGACCCUGGCAAGGCCCGACGCCACUCAGAGCCUACGGCGCCGGAAGACCGUGCGCCUCCUGCUGGCCAACCUCAUCAUCUUCCUGCUGUGCUUCGUGCCCUACAACUCCACGCUGGCAGUUUAUGGCUUGCUGCGGGCCAACUUGGUGGAGAACAACCUUCAGGACCGCAAUCAGGUGCGCGGGGUGCUGAUGAUAAUGGUGCUGCUGGCCGGCGCCAACUGCGUGCUGGAUCCGCUGGUUUACUACUUCAGUGCCGAGGGUUUUCGUAAUACUCUUCGCAACCUGAGCGCCCCGCUCCAUUCCAAGACUUUGGCUACCAAUGGGGCUAGAGGCGCGCUCACAGAACCACCCUCAGAAAGCACCCAAAACACUGGGCAGGAUGCCACCAGUCAGGGUCUACUCCAGCCUGCCAAUCUGGGUACACCCAUGGACAACUGCCCCCAGGAUUCAGCCCUCUGAAAGGACGCAGUCAUAGUGUUCGAAGUCUUGUGCCUCUCUCAAAGGCUUAGGGUGUACAUUUGAGGGAUGUGGGCUGGGUACCUGGACUUUGAAGUAACUCCAGCUCUAGCGUGCAGAAGGGAACAAGUGCAUAGGAAAGGAAGGGUGCUGCCACUGACGGCUUUAGCCUCUGAAUAUCACACACAGGAACCCUGCUCCAGUAUGUAGGAAGCCAAGCAGUGAGCACCCGCAUAGCUAAGAGCUGGUACAUGGAGCAGAAGAUGGACCUCCUGGAUUUAGGUCAGCAGUCUGAGAGCUAAAGAUUCACUGACUUUGGUGAAUCAACUACACAGACGUUCAUCUGUCGUCUUCAAAAAUAAAACUCGGGGCUGGUGGUGGAACCGAGAACCCACAGCCCGCACAUACUGGGCCAGCACAUUCCUACUGAACCGUAUUCCCAGCCCUACCUGCCGAUUUCUGUGAUGGCCACCGUGCCACCAGCCCUGGCUUCCCUGCUCAGCUGGGAGGUGUAACAUAAAAGUUUAUUUGCUAUGGA